AUGGGGAACCGUCUCCAGCGGGGGUUCAGGGGCGCCGGGCCUGUACCCCAGACCCGGGUCCCACUGAGCCCCCCGCUGGAGGACGUGGCCCUGGCUGGGGCGCCCGGCGCUGCCCACGAGGGACAGAGCACAGCCCAGCACCCGUUGCCUGGGAGACGGUGCCCGGCCUGGGAGAGGCCCCGGGGCCGGGAGGACGCGGAAGGGGAGGCGGGCGGUGGCUGCGAGGACGUCUGCUACUCGGUCAUUGACCACGCGCCCAGCCGGCGGCCCUCCCUCAGCUCCACGGACCCCGGCUACGAGAACGUCCAGGCGGCCCCCAGGCCAGCGCGGCGCCCCCGCGGGGAGCCCGAGACGGAGUACGCCCUGCUCAGGACGCCCGGCAUCUCCAGGCCCCCUUCCUGCAACCCCGAGCACGACUACGAGCUCGUGCUCCCCCAAGUCCCCACGGGCCCCAGGACCCCGGGCUCCCCACUAUACCGCUGGGCCAAGGAUGUCCACCUUGGGGGGCUGGGGCCGCCACGCCCUCAGGGCUGUGCCCCCGGCCGCGGCCCAAGGCUCCGGGGCGCCUUCCUGCGCCCAGCCCCGGCGGAGGCCACCUCAGGCCUCAUGGACCGUGGGGCACCGGGGCUGCCCCCGGCCCGCCAGACCUCACCUCAUCUGCACGCCCCAUCGCCACAGAGAAACCGGGGUCCUCGCGGGGGUCACCGCGAUCUGGACGCGGAGCACGGCGAGUAG